AUGACUACUGGGGAUUUAAAGAACAACUUACGAAAGUUUGACGCUGAAUUAAAGCUUAUAAACUACGCUAGCGAGCUGGACAUAGAAGGGCUUAGCAUUGGCCGACCUUCUGCAUUCCUGCCAAUUUUACACUUCGUUUUGACCGAAUUUUCCAUCGAGCUGGCGCAGUAUUUUUACUCAAAAGACUAUGAACUUCUUGGGAAGAGUGAUAAAAACUUUGUGUCGGUUAUUUAUCGUAUUUUACGGGACGAAUUUAACACAAAACCGCCCUUGACCAGGGAGCAAUUUUUUACACUUGGUUUUGCCGAGAGGAAGCUGCAAUUCGCCACAACUGUGAUUCAGUUGUGUCGAAGGAGAAGCGAUAUGCUGAAACCAAAGAAAAAGAAGACUAUGAUACGUUCAAAUGCAGGUAUACAGUAUAUGUAUUUUGGAGCUAGGAUGACCAGGCUAAUAGAAGAAUAG